GUGGGGUGGGUAGCGCCCUACUCAAAUCCAAAGCGCAUCGACAUCAGAGAGAGGGGUUCGCAGCUCUUCUAACUCGAAAAACCAUAACACCCCCAAACGCUGUUCCCCUUUCUCUCCUCCCACUCCCACCCAUAUUUCUCGCUUUCUUCGCUUGAGACGACGGCGGAGCCAAAAAUAACCGGGCGUGCUCUUUACACACUCUCCCUUCUCUUUUCCGAUCUUUCCUGAUGCCCUCUCUCCGGCCAUCUCCGGAUAGAUAGGUGGAUCGACCGAUCAGCCCCCUAUCCUGUGCCUGCUGAUAUCAAAACCGCCGGCCGGAAAGGAAACGGCGGCUGCCUUUCCACUCCCAUCUCUCCCUCUCUCUCUCUUGCCUCUUCUUCUUGGUUUCCUUCCAGCUUCGAUCUGGGCGGGAACGCCCAAUGCUGCUUCCUCUCCGCCCUUGUACGCUCUGAUUACACUCAUCGUGGUAGCGUACCGCUGGUUGACUCGAGAUCUGAUCAUCCGCUUCUUGCAGUGGAGCGCCGGGAAGCGAUUCGUGCAGAAGAGAAAGGAAGGCCCUUGCUUUAAAAGUGGUUCAGGUAGGGAGGAGAUGAAUCGAAGCUUUAGGGCUCCGGAGGCCCCUCAAACUCAAGCGGCGACGACGAUGACGCGGGGAAGGACCCUGGGCGCUGUCAUGAAGGACAAGGACGAGGACCUCGCCCUCUUUCUCGAGAUGCGCAAGCGCGAGAAGGAGCGGAACGACCUCCUCCUCCUCCACAACUCCGACGAACUCGAUCCCCCACUUGGGUCUAAACCUGGGAGCGCUCCCAUCUUCAAGAUUGUGCCAUCUGCGCCGGCACGCAAGGCUGGUGUCGAUGACUUCCUCAACUCCGACAACGACAAGAACGACUACGACUGGCUUCUUACACCGCCCGGUACUCCACUUUUUCCAUCUUUGGAUAAGGAGUCCAAUAAAUCUCCAGGAGGCAAUAUUGGGACUCCGAAAGCUCGUCCGACAGUGCUGAAAUCCAGGUUAGCUAAUCCCUCAGACACUUCUUCAAGGAGCACCUUGUCCUCAAGGCAAGCAACAUCAUCGAGUGGCUUGAAUUCAUCUACUGUGGGAACGAGGAGGCCAUCGUCAUCUGGCGGUCCUACUCAUACUUCAUCAAGACCGGCAACUCCGACUGGGCGCCCUACACUAACUGCCAGUUCUAAAUCUUCCAGACCUUCCACCCCCACUUCUCGUGCCACAGUAUCUUCAAAGCCAGCAGUUCCUCCAGCAAGAUCAUCAACACCAGCUAGAUCAUCUACACCCACAUCCAAGCCUUCUUCACUUGUCCCCAGCAGGCCUGCAUCAAGGUCAGCUACCCCAACAAGACGACCUUCUACGCCAUCUAGUCUGCCAGCCAGUUCUGCUCCACCAGGUCGAUCUUCUUCUGUCACAAAGUCUGGCCCCACGAUAUCAAAAAGUUCAGCACCAUCACGUGGCAGCUCUCCGACUGUGAAGUCCAGAGCAUGGAAACCUUCAGACAUGCCUGGCUUUUCCCUUGAUGCACCCCCAAAUUUGAGGACAUCGUUGCCUGAUAGGCCCUCUUCAGCUUCUCGGGGUAGACCUGGAGCACCCGGCUCAAGAUCAUCUUCAGUCGAGGCUGGACCUAGUGUUAGACCGAGACAGCAGUCUUGCUCUCCGUUCAGAGGGAGGGCUUCAGAUGGUAAUGUCCAUAAAGGUAGUUCUGUUCCAGCAGUUAGCAGAUCACACUUAAAUGGUGGUGACUGCUUAAACCCUGUUCUAAUUGGAAAUAAGAUGGUUGAACGAGUAGUAAACAUGAGAAGACUUGCGCCCCCAAAGCAAGAUGACCAACGAUCGGCCCACAAUAACCUCCCUGGGAAGCCAUCACUGUCACCGGAUAGCACUGGCUUUGGAAGAACACUGUCAAAAAAAUCACUAGAUAUGGCUCUGAGGCAUAUGGAUAUAAGGCGGAGCAUCCCAAACAGUUUGCGGCCGUUAAUGAGUAAGGUUCCAGCAUCCUCUAUGUAUAGCGUGAGAUCUGGGUCCUCAAGAAGCAGACCAGUUAGUGUUUCUGACUCUCCUCUUGCCACAAGCAGCAAUGCUAGUUCUGAGCAAAGUGUGAAUAACAAUAUGAUAUGUUUGAAUGGAAGUGAACUUGAAGAUGAUCUCAGCAGUGAGAAAGGAGGCAGAUCCUCCCCUUUUGGUGCUGCGGCACCGCUCACCAGAUGAUCAAAUAGAAGAAUUACGCCUGUUGCUGUUGACUAGUAUUUGCAAUCUAGGAAGUUAACGCCCUUUACUUUUUUCAUUUCUCCCACAGAUGGGCAGCAGAAGCAGCUUAGGAAGGCCACUUUUUUCAGGUGAGGGGAUUGAAUUCCUAUGUGUGUUGGAUCAAUUCGGCUGUCCGCUAUCGUCUUGUUGGCCUUUUUCCGAAUGAUACCAAGGCCUUGUUUAUGCAUGUGGAGAACCGUUCGAUGGUUUAAGGCUUGCUUCUUCCUACCGCUUUGCCUAUAUAACAUGAUAUUUUAAUUUUGAAAUAUUAACCAGUUAGGAAGGUAUGCUAUUCCAAUGCGUCUGAUAUGUGCAUUUUGGAGCUAGUUGCUGAAAUCGUGCAGUGUCUUCUUUCAUGAAAAUCUGUACACUUGAGUUUUCUUUCCAACGCGUAUGAGUCUGGUUGGUUGUUCACCGCCAAGUGUUUUCAAUUUGUUUAGGGCUCUUGCACUCCUUUGUCAUUGUCAAGUUUGUAUUGAUCAAUACUAUAGCCGUCAUCUCUGCUUUGACCA